AUGUCCGACGAUAAAGAACUGCUCGCUUAUUCCAGCCUCGGCUUGGGCGUCGUGGCUGCAUUGUCAAUUCCAGCCGCGGCUCAUCUCGUCAAACAGAUAGGCAACCGAUCCCUUAAGACUGAAGGUUACGAGGACAAGGAUGGCCAAAGCACCGAAGAGGCUGUCAAAGCCUUCAGCAACAAGCUUCCUAAAGUGUCGAUAUUGGUACUUUCAAUAACCGGGUUUUGUAUUUCAAUCGCCACCGCCGUUCUUACGACACUGAGCCCUCGAGGUGAAGGCGAUGGUUUGUUUCUGGAAAACUGGCUGGCCAUGCCAGCUUGGGCUCUGUUGACCCUUCAGGCUGUCUGCAUUGCAGCUAGCCGAGAUUCGGUACAGGCAUACAACCUGGGAAUAUAUUCCAUGCUCUCUUGUGUAACACUAGCUACUGUCUUGGCUUUCCAAGAUAACCAAAUCGCCACUCGUCUGUGGAAGCACGAUGGGCUUGCUUUUGCUAUUCGUGCUGCUGAGAUCUUGACUAUCAUCUGCCUAGGUUUUGUGAGCUUGAUGCUCCCUCGCCGGCCUGACGUUUACUAUGAAGGCAAGCUUGUCGACCAACUCUACACAGUCUCCGCUUGGAGUAGAUACAAUUACAGUUGGGCAGCAGGGAUUCUACGGCUAGCAACAAAGAAGAAGAACCUAGAUUUGGCCGAUCUCCCAAGACCCAAUCAGUGGGUGAGAUCCAAAGAUGUCACAGCUCACUGGGAAAGCCAUAAUUUCAGCCAUUCGCUAUGGGUAUCUAUCAUCCUGGCACACAAGUGGGCAUUCGCAAUACAAUGGGCACUGACUCUAGCAUGCGCUGUAUUGAACUUCGCACCACAAUGGGUUGUACUGCAGCUGUUACAUCUCCUCGAGAACCGGCACAGCACUGAGCGUAUUGGCUAUGAGGGUUGGAUGUGGGCCGUUUGGCUCAUGGUGGUCAUUAUUGCUCAGUCAUGGGUCGAAACACUCAUAUUCUGGCUUUCUUGGGCUGAGCUUUGUAUACCUAUCCGCGCACAACUAUCGUCUCUGAUUUUUCAAAAAGCAAUGAGGCGAAAGGAUGUGAAAGAAGCAGCCAAGAAAAAAACACCAACCUCUACGGAACCGACUGUGACCGGACCUGCGGCACAAUCUGGCGGCAUCGAGCAGCCCCCCGAAGCUGAGAGCGGCGAGGACGAAGCCGAAUUACUGAAGAAGAAUAAGCAAAGCACUGUCAACCUGAUUGGCGUGGAUGCGAAACGUGUUUCCGACUUUGCAAAUUUCAAUUGGUUUUUCCCUUCUUCGUUGUUUAAGCUUAUUGUCUCCCUGAUUUUCCUCUUGGAUCUGCUCGGCUGGAAAGCCCUUGUUGCAGGAUUCGGCACUAUGCUUGUCAUUACACCCGUUAACAUAUACUUCUCAAAGCUGUACUCCGAUGCACAAGAUAGGCUGAUGGAAGUCCGCGAUGAGAAAAUGGGCGUUGUUGCUGAAGCUUUGCAGGGUAUCCGACAGAUUAAAUUCUCUGCCCUAGAGCCGCAAUGGGAAAAUAAAAUUGGGAUGGUGCGAGAGAGGGAGCUGAAGUGCGUUUGGGAUGCUUUUAGGUUCGAUGUCAUGCUUUUUGCCUGUUGGAUUACGAGCCCGAUCCUGCUUGCUGCAGUGUCGCUGGCCGUGUAUGCUGCUAUUCAUGGAUCACUCACUCCUUCGGUCGCGUUUGUCAGUCUCAGUGUCUUCAAAGCUCUUGAAUUAACUUUAUCCAUCAUUCCAGAAUUGACCACCGAUCUGCUUGAUGCUUGGGUGUCAAUCAAGCGAAUUGACGCCUACUUGCGGGGGGCUGAGAUCUCUAAAAUUACGCAAGACUCUGAUGAGAUCUCAUUCGACAAUGCCUCAAUUGCCUGGCCUUCUGAUGCUGAACCAGCAAACAGUGAAGAGGAUCCCGAUCGCUUCAUCUUGCGACACAUCAGUGCUACUUUCCCGAAAGGUGAGUUAUCUGUCAUAUCGGGCAAAACUGGUAGUGGAAAGUCUCUCAUGCUUGCCGCUAUCCUUGGAGAGGUUGAUCUUUUGUCUGGUACAAUCACUAAACCACGAGCGCCUCUGCUCCAUGAACGUCACGACAGCAAAGCAAAUAAAAGUAACUGGAUCCUCACUGGUGCUGUCGCAUAUGUCGCUCAGAUUCCCUGGAUCGAGAAUGCCACGGUGCAAGAUAAUAUUCUAUUCGGCCUGCCGUUUGAUCCCUACAGAUACGCGAAGACAAUCGAAGUUUGUGCCUUGACCAAAGAUAUCGAAAUGUUCUCCGAUGGAGAUGCAACCGAGAUUGGUGCAAACGGAAUCAACCUCAGCGGUGGUCAGAAAUGGCGAAUCACACUCGCUCGAGCCAUAUAUUCUCGUGCUGGAAUACUGGUGCUAGACGACAUUUUCAGUGCUGUUGAUGCUCACGUCGGUCGACACAUCUUUGAACAAUGUCUCAAUGGUGAACUCGGAGUAGGACGGACUCGGAUCCUAGUUACUCACCACGUUGCCCUCUGCGAAUCGAAGGCGAAGUUCUUGAUGGAACUAGGAGACGGUGGUGUUCUUAACGCUGGGUUAGUAUCGGAAUUAGAAUCGGCGGGCACUCUUGAACAAAUCAAGAGCCAUGAGGAAGGAGAAGGGGGCGGUCUGUAUGAACAGGUUCGAGACGAGGAAGAGUCGACUGCCGUGAACUCUGAACAGAUAUCCCAAGUCGACAUCGAAGCACCAGAAGAGCCUCUCGCCAAAGUUCCCUCUAAGGCACACCAACCGCGUAAAUUCGUCGAAGAGGAGAAGCAGGAAGAAGGUGCCAUCAAGGCUCGGGUCUACUCGACAUAUCUCAAGCACAGCGGGUCGUGGCCAUUCUGGACCGGCGCCGUGGUUUUAUUCCUCGUUGUCCAAGCUCUAACUAUCGGUCGGUCGUGGUGGCUUCGUAUUUGGACAGGCACAUACGAAGAAGAGGAAAUGUCCAAUCUGCAAGCAAACGUCCAGACAUUUGCGCACCACUACAAUUAUCAGCAAUCUGCGAUGCAAACUAUCAUCGAGCCCGCACCAGGUCACUCGGAACGCGGUAUUGAUUUCUACCUAGGCAUAUAUAUUGCACUCUCUGUGGUAGCCUCGAUUCUAUCCACCUUCCGAUGGUACUACAUCUUCACGGGCUCCAUUCGCGCAUCAAGGGAACUCUUUGCGCGGCUCAACUUCAUCGUUCUGCGGGCUCCCCUGCGAUGGCUUGAUACGGUUCCAGUCGGCCGCGUCCUCAACCGGUUUACCGCUGACUUCCACUCCGUGGACACGCACCUCGCUUAUGCCGUUGCCUUCGCCGCAAACGCCUUUCUCAAUCUCCUUGGUGUCGUUGCCGCUGGCCUGUUCGUAUCGCCCGUGAUCAUCGUCCUAGCCUUCAUCCUCCUUGCUAUUUCCGUUAUGUUCGCCCGCCAGUAUCUGCACGCCGCCAGAUCAGUCAAACGAAUGGAGUCUAUCACUAAAUCCCCUGUCUUCGAACAAUUCGGGUCCGCACUCACAGGCGUGCUGUCCAUCAGAGCGUUCAACAAAUCGCAGACGUAUAUCGAACGCAUGUAUACUAGGCUAGACGACUGGACUGUUGCGACGUGGCACUUAUGGCUGUUCAAUCGGUGGAUGGGCUGGCGCAUGUCUGUCGUCGGCAGUCUCUUCGCUUUCUUCGUAACCAUCUUCAUCCUUCUCAGCCCAGAUAUGGACUCCGCGCUCGCGGGCUUCGCCCUCUCUUUUGCCUUGGAGUUCUCCGGAUACGUUAUGUGGACGGUGCGACACUACGCCAACGCUGAGCUCGAGAUGAAUGCCGCGGAGCGAAUCGUGGAGUACACGGAGCUACCAACCGAGGAUCUAGGCGGUGUGCGACCACCCGCAGCCUGGCCCACUGAAGGCCGUGUCGAAGUGAACGAUCUGGUCGUAGGUUACGCAGAUGACCUCCCGCCUGUUCUGAAGGGCCUUAAUUUCUCGAUCAAGAGGAACGAGCGCGUCGGCGUCAUCGGGCGCACGGGCGCAGGCAAGUCAUCACUAACGCUUGCGCUAUUCCGCUUCGUCGAGGCGAGAUCAGGCAACAUCCUGAUUGACGGUGUCGACAUCUCCAAAAUCCGCCUGCAUGACCUCCGUAGCCGGCUGGCCAUCAUUCCUCAAGACCCGGUGCUCUUCAGCGGCACCGUGCGCUCGAACCUCGACCCCUUCAAUAACCACACGGACGCAGAGCUAUUCGACUCUCUAGCACGUGUGCAUCUGAUAGCCGAGGCCGAGACAUCCCCAGGGACCCCCGUAUCCGCAGUCCCAAGCGACGCAUCCCGGAAAAACACCAACAUAUUCCGCGACCUAUCAAGCACAAUUUCGGAAGGUGGAUUGAACUUAUCUCAAGGCCAGCGACAGCUUCUCUGCCUCGCGCGUGCCAUCGUCUCGCGGCCUAAGGUCAUGGUCCUCGACGAGGCAACGUCGGCUGUCGACAUGGCAACUGACGCGUUAAUUCAGCGGUCCAUUCGCGAGGAAUUCGGCGACAGCACGCUUGUUGUAAUCGCGCACCGGCUAAGCACCAUUGCUGACUUUGACCGCAUCCUCGUGCUGAGCGACGGCCAGGUCGCGGAGUACGGGACGCCAAGGGAGCUAUGGGAAGCAGGUGAAAACGAUAGUAAUGGUGAGAAGGGUAUUUUCCGCGCCAUGUGCGAGCAGAGUGGUGAGAAGGAGGUCCUGAGACGGAUCGUGUAUGGCGAGGAUACAGCGGUUGCGCACGAGGCAUAA